AUGGGAUUCACACAAUCUGUUCAAGAAGAUGCUCUCAAGGAACUACGUGAUGAGUUGCCCGCAACGCGCCAGAUGCUCGAGCGCCUCUGGGGUUUGCUCGAGCAGCGGAAGGUCAAGAUACCCGACAACGUCAAGGCCGACUAUCAAGCGCUGAAGGCCAAGGACUCGCAUGACUGGCAGCCCCGGCAGAGGGUCAGGACAGUGAAAAGCGUAGUGGCAAAGGGCAAGAGAAUCGAAAACCCCAAAACGAAGACGGAGAGGAAGGCUGAAAGACAGCGGGUCGAUAAAUUGCACAAGCGUCUCGAAGAAGGGAAAGCCAAGCAGACCAAGUUUCUGUUACACACCCCAGACGGCGAAAUGUACGACGCACGGCAGCCUGUCCUUAUUCCAGACGAAGCUGGAGACGAGGACGUUGCCGGCGAGCAGAUGACAGCGGAAGACGCGGCAGCCAUCGAACAUGCCGACUUCAUGAAGAAUGGCAGUUCUUACCGACCCCGGGCGCUUACUCCACCGUCUGGGCUUGUCGCGAAGAACGUCGUUGCGGGAGUCAAGCGCAGGUCAAGCGAUUCGAAUCCCUUUGCGACACUCAAGAUGGGCCAAGGUUGA